AUGCAUUGUUGUGGACCGAGAUCGGUGACUCCACCAUCAGUGACCCAGUUUUCCAUAACUUCCCCCUUGUCUCUUACCGUCACCUUCAACCUCAAUUCCUACGAUCCUUUUGCCGACGAAGGCGACCCUCUUGGAGACAACGCAGACGUUGGAUCUACCGCCGACUACAUUCACAUCCGUAUCCAGCAGCGCAAUGGACGCAAGACUUUGACAACUUUGCAAGGACUCCCGAAACAAUAUGAUCCCAAGAAACUCUUAAAGGCAUUCAAGAAGGAAUUUGCCUGCAACGGUACCCUCGUCGACGAUGAGAAGAUGGGACAGGUUAUCCAGCUUCAAGGCGAUCAGCGCGCCAAGAUCUCUUCCUUCCUCGUCGAGAACGGACUGGAGAAAUCCACUAUCAAGGUCCACGGUUUCUAA